AUGAGCAUGUUGAGUGAUUCAAGUUACGGUGAAGGCUUUCAGAUUACUCCACCUUCACCUCGCGAGUCUCAAACUGAGCAGCCCGCUCCUUUGGCCCCUCAACCGCGCCGUCCAGUUUCCAUCGUCCAGAAUGGAGGAAAUGGUGGCCUCGGGGUCGAUGACUUCGGCCACAACACCAACCGCCUGUCGAUGAGCCUGCGUCCCUUGCCCCCGGCUAACGAUGAUCCCAACGAAGACCCCGAGCAACGCGCAAACCGCAUCCGAUCGUUCUACAAGGAGUACUUCGAUGACUCGAAGCCCGAGCCCGCAGGUCCCCAGAUCUACAACGAUUACUACGAUGACUAUACUUCAGAGUACCUUGACGGUAGUGUCUUUGACCCGCAGACUGGGAAUUUCAUCGUCGCUCAGCCCACAGCUCCGUUCGCGCAGCCUGUCACUCGUCGUGCAAUGACACCGCCUCCGCGGGCACCACCACGGUUCCGCAGCAACACUAACCAGUCACGCGGUGGACCUGGACCACACAUGUCUCAGAGCUCACUGGGCUCAUCAUAUCUCCCGCCGCGCAACAUGUCUUCCAUGAGCGGUCGUCUACCAGCUCCCAGGAAGCCCAUGCCUCCUCCUGCGCCUCUCGCUUCUCUGCCCACCCCCGGAAAGCUACAGGACGACUUCGGAAUCUUCAAUGCCGCUGAUUUUGCGCCUCCGGUCUCGUUCAGAGAGCGACAGAACGGGAUGAGGCCAGACAGCCCGCUCGGAACCCCCAGGCCGUACAGUCCCUCAGUGAGGCCCCACACCCCGCUGGCAAGCUCUUUCGAUGACAUUGCCGUUCUCCCUAGCCCACACAUGCUCCGCAAAUCAGGCAACUUCACUGCUUUGGAUUUUGCACCUCCACCGAAAAUCCGCGACCCGUAUGGCGGCUCGAAUGCGUCUGACGCUGGUUCUAUCCGUUCGAAUCGCUCAGGGAUGUCGGGUACCGCAAGACUGGCCGUCCGUAACGGUGCCUACCGCGUUAGCAGGAUACCCAAGGAGAUGGUUGGCACCCAGGAUGACAUGGCCAUGAGCUUGCGGCCCACCCUCAACAUGGUAGCACCAGCAUAG